AUGCCUCCCAAAAUCGACCCUGAUGUCGGCUGUGUCAUACCAGAGCCAGGUGAAUGGCCGGUGGACCCUCAGGAAGACAUUCCAAUCAAAGAAGAUCGAUUGUGGAUUGAUGGCUGCUUCGACUUCUUCCAUCACGGCCAUGCCGGCGUCAUGCUCCAGUCACGCCGCUUUGGCGACGAGCUUUGGGUCGGGCUCCAUAACGACGAGGAGAUCGCAGAGAACAAAGGCCCCACUGUCAUGAAUCUGGCAGAGCGUGUAGCUGCUGUGGAUGCAUGUAGAUUCUCCACCAAGUGUGUACCACACGCACCGUAUGUGACCUCAAUACCAUGGAUCAGUCAUUAUGGCUGCAAAUACGUGACACAUGGAGACGAUAUUACGAGCGACGCGAGCGGGAACGACUGCUAUCGAUUUGUGAAGAAGGCUGGCAGGAUGAAAAUUGUGCCGAGAACACCAGGCAUUAGCACGACUGAUUUGGUCGGUCGAAUGCUGGAACGUACGAAAGACCACUUCAUCAAGAGCCUGAUCGACUGCAUCAACGGGCAGGAGGGACCAGGAGAUGAAGCGGAACGAUUGGAGCAAGCAGAAGAGAUGGCGAAGAGAAUACGAGAAUAUGCUGCAGCCCCGAACGGCAAAGACCCAUUUGUCGAAGUCUGGAGCUACAAGCCAGAGCAGCUGCUGAAUGGCAGUAGAAAUGGUCUACCACCCAGCAGGGCAGCAUAUACCAAGAUCGUUUCGGGUACGCCACCACGAGCUGGACAGCGGAUAGUCUACGUCGACGGCGGCUUUGACCUGUUCUCAUCUGGUCACAUCGCAUUUCUGAAACUUGUCUCGAAACUGGAAGAGGACCAUGGCCAUGACAGUGGCUGGUAUACCGAAGCUGCCAAGCAAAAGCGGAUCUCUGACUCAGGCGAGGACUACCCGCCGGCGUACGUGAUAGCUGGUGUACACGACGAUGAAAUUAUCAACGCACACCGUGGCGUCAACUAUCCGAUUAUGAAUGUGUUCGAGCGAGGACUUUGUGUGGUACAGUGCACAUACAUUCAUGCCGUCAUUUUCGGAGCCCCGUACAAGCCCACCAAAACGUACCUCGAGAGUCUGUCCGGCAAAGCACCGGAUGUAGUAUACCAUGGACCGACUGCAUUCAUGCCGCCGAGCAAUCUCGAAGGCGAUCCGUAUGCAGACGCCAAAGCUCUUGGCAUUUUCCACGAAACCGGGAAGCAUGACUUUCAGGAUGUCAACGCAGAACAUAUCGUGAAGCGAAUUCUGGCUCGACGUGGCGACUACGAAGAGCGACAGCGAAAGAAAGGCGCGAAAGCUGUUGGUGAAGAAGCUCACCGGCGCCGCGAAGAGUUGGAGCAAGAAGCGGAACUAGGGAGACAGCGGAAGCUGCAGCGGAGCGUGCAAUGAGGGAUUGCAUGGUGCGGUGAGAUACCCAAAUAUUGUACAGAGUCUCUGAUCCAGACAGAUUCGUAUCCAAUUGAAACAUCGUCAUUCUACCACUACGGUGUCCUGUAAGUAAGACCGGGCAAUAUUGAUCUCUUGCUGUUUGCAUGGGCACCUGCAGCUCUUCUUUCGCCAAGCCUGGCGCCUGAAACUCGUGCCAAGCACCAACGGCACUGCAGCAUCCCGCCAGGAGUCAUCUCGAACCGAUCUUGCCCUCCGCACAGUACACCUUCGCUCCGACACUAUAUCAUUCCAUCCGCAAGCAUGACAGACAUUUCAGCUCCCUCAACGGGAGAAGCUGGAAAGACGACCGCUGGCACGUCUCAAGAUCCGGCGCCCAUUAAUCUCGAAGGGCAAUUGCUUGCGGACCUCAAGUCGUCUCUUGCGACUCACGCUCGAUCUGCAACAUUUGCCUGUGGCGGCAGCAUCUUAAUUGCCACAGCGGACACAUCCGUGAACGAUACUGAGGAGUCUGGCCCGGUCAAUGCGCCGGUCCAGGUUCGCUUUGGUGACAGCGGCAAGGGUGUUACAGCUAUUUUUCCCGGGGACCGAAACAACAUCUUCUGACUUUCAAGCACUCCUCAGCGCCUGCCAGCCUGCCUCAUUUG